UUCCAGCCAGUCGUCCUGGUCCUGCUCGGAGAGAGAGAGAGAGAGGCGACGACGGGCAUCAGCAGCGCCGCAUUUCGUGGCAACACAAUGCAUCUGAGGCUGACCGUGCGAGUGGAAGCUUUUUGUAUCACGCUUUCCUGUUUUUGAUUCGCGUUUCUCUUCUGUGUUCUCUUUUUUUUUAUUAUUUAUCUAUUUUUUUUGUUGCAUCUUGUCUUUCUUCCCCCCCACCUCCUCCCCCCCUUUUUUUUCCCACCCAGCAGCCUCUGACGCGCAAGGACACUACAGCAUACAUCCACGGCAGGAACGCUCACACAGAGCAUCCUCUGUACAGGCGCACCAGCCGUCCUCCUUCCUUCCUCUCUACCUUCCUUCCUCCCACUCUCCUCCUCUCCUUUCUCUCUCUUUUUUUUUCUUUCUUGUUUCUGUUGGAACCCAGAGGACAUCGGGAACCCUGCUACUUACCCCCCCUCCACCCACCCACACACCCACUUUUGCCCCGGAGACAUGGAUCUAUGGUUUCAUUCGAUCCGGAUUUGCUGGUGGAGGGUUUUGCUUCUGAUGAGUGUUUUCCAGGACUAUCUGAGCUCCAUGCUGGACUGCCCGCCGACUUGCAGCUGCUCUCAAACAGAGAUCUAUUGCAAUAAGUCCGACAAUGGCAGGUUUUUCCCCUUGCUCGCCCUGCAAGACACUGGGAGCAAUGGGACCAGCGUGGAUAUUGCGGACUUGUUCAAAAACAUCACCUCCAUACACAUAGAGAACUGGACGGGAUUGCAGACUCUGAGAGACGUCGAUAUGGAGCUCUACACCGGACUACAGAGAUUGACCAUCAUGAAUUGUAAUCUGAGGGUGAUCCAGCCUCGAGCGUUUUCUCAGAACCCACACCUACGCUACAUAAACCUGUCGAAGAAUCCGCUAACCACCCUGUCAUGGCAGCUCUUCCAACACCUCCAACUCUCCGAGCUACGUCUGGACGGAGUUGUUUUCGACUGCGGCUGUAGCAUCCGCUGGAUCCAGCUGUGGCAGCAGAGGGGAGAGGCGGGGCUUCAUACGCAGCAGCUGUACUGCAGGAACGGAGCCUCCAAGAUGCGGCUGCACAACAUGUACAUCAACAACUGUGAUUUACCAGAGAUCAGCGUGAGCCACAGCAGCGUGCUGGUGACGGAGGGGGAGAACGUAACGGUGAGCUGCAACGGGUCCGGAUCCCCGCUGCCUGAAGUGGACUGGACUGUCAGUGGCCUGCACUCCAUCAACACCCACCUGUCGAAUGUUUACUGGCCGAACAUCCACUCCAUCAACCUGACUCUGUUUAACAUCAGCCGAGACGACAACAAUUUCCAGCUGACCUGCAUCGCAGAGAACCUGGUGGGGAUGACCAACUCGUCGAUCCAGCUAAAUGUGCAGUUUCCACCAGUAAUCUUGAGACUGGCUGAGCCUGAGCAACGCCUCGACACCUGCAUCGAAUUCACAGUUCGUGGCUACCCGCACCCCAAACUGCGUUGGUUCCACAAACAGAAGGAGAUCCAACAGAAUGACUAUAUACGAACUGAAAUGGACUUCUACCAGGACUACUUGGAGGGUUGCCUGACGUUUCAAAAUCCAACCCACAUCAAUAAUGGCAACUACACUUUGGAGGCGAGCAACCCUUUGGGAACAGUCACCAAGACAGUAUAUGGUCACUUCCUCACGCCACCCGAAUUUGAUGAAAACCCUGAGGGUGAUACAGGCCGACCAGAAGAAGACACAUUCGGGGUUACCAUCGCUGUGGGUCUAGCAGGCUUCGCUUGUGUCCUCCUCCUCGUCCUUUUUGUUCUCAUCAACAAGUACGGCAGACGCUCCAAAUUCGGUAUGAAAGGUCCUGUAGCCGUGAUCAGUGGCGAGGAAGACUCUGCCAGCCCUCUUCAUCACGUCAAUCACGGGAUCAUUACGCCGUGUACGCUGGAUGCAGGUCCUGACGCAGUCGUGAUAGGAAUGACACGCAUACCUGUGGUAGAAAAUCCCCAGUACUUCAGGCACGGACACAACUGCAACAAGCCAACCACUCUUGUACAGCAUAUAAAGCGGAGAGACAUCAUCCUGAAGAGGGAGUUGGGUGAAGGGGCAUUCGGGAAGGUCUUCUUGGCAGAGUGUUACAACCUCAGCCCCACCAAGGACAAGAUGCUGGUGGCCGUCAAGACCCUGAAAGAUCCCAACCUGUCAGCCAGGAAGGACUUCCAGCGGGAAGCUGAGCUGCUGACCAACCUGCAGCAUGACCACAUUGUUAAAUUCUACGGCGUGUGUGUAGAUGGAGACCCGCUCAUCAUGGUGUUUGAAUACAUGAAGCAUGGAGACCUGAACAAAUUCCUAAGAGCCCACGGCCCUGAUGCCAUGAUCCUGGUCGACGGCCAGCCGCUGCAGUCCAACGGAGAGCUGGGCCUUUCCCAGAUGCUGCACAUCGCUACCCAGAUCGCCUCAGGCAUGGUCUACCUGGCCUCCCAGCACUUUGUGCACAGAGAUCUGGCCACUCGCAACUGUCUGGUUGGAAACGGCCUCCUGGUCAAGAUUGGAGACUUCGGCAUGUCCAGGGAUAUCUACAGCAGCGACUACUACAGGGUUGGAGGACACACCAUGCUACCUAUUCGUUGGAUGCCCCCAGAGAGCAUCAUGUACAGGAAGUUUUCCACAGAAAGUGACGUCUGGAGCUUUGGGGUCAUCCUCUGGGAGAUCUUUACCUAUGGGAAGCAGCCUUGGUUUCAGCUGGGUAACAAUGAGGUUAUUGAGUGCAUAACCCAGGGUCGGGUGCUGGAGAGGCCACGGAUUUGUCCUAAGGAGGUGUACGACAUCAUGCUGGGCUGCUGGCAGAGGGAACCGCAGCAGCGACUGAACAUUAAGGACAUUCAAAAGGUCCUGUUCGCCAUGGGAAAAGCCACCCCAGUCUACCUGGACAUCCUGGGCUAGCAGCCGCUCCCCCACCGGGUGGCCCCUUUCCCCAAGAGACGGAAAGAUCGACAGAGACAAAAAGAGACAGAGCGCCCCACACAAAUCCAGGAAUAACCAAACCAACCUGAUCCACUGUCGAAAAACACCUGCUUUGUUUGGGAGGGACUUAAGUGCCUGCAACACUUUUGGAUAUAGUGGAUAAAACAUAAAAAAAUGAAAAAAAACAUGCACUUUUACAUUUUGUUUACUUGCAUAUAAGAUGUACAUGUUUGAAGAAGACUUUUUUUUCCCUCAUAAAAACUGCAAAAAUACACAAACAUGGAGAAAUGGGGACUGGGCUGGCAUAAUGGAAUAAUGGCUACAGCUUGAUACGAUGGAGAGAAUACAAGAGAGUUUAAAAUGUACCCUGGGUUUGGUUUUAUGAAUAUAUAUAGAAAUAUUACAUAUAUUUUAUAUUUAUUUCUUUUUCAAGAUCUGUCAAGGUCUUAAAGGGUCAGCCAUUUUUGUUGCUAAGGGCUUGGCCCUGUCUGAAGUUGCCACCAACAAACUACUGGCAGGGACUUGAGAAGAGGAAGCCUUACACGCUCUCUGAUUGGCUGGCUCUGAGCUUUCAAAGGGAACUGUGGAAUAACACUGGAUGGUUGGAGAAAAGCUGUGCUCUAUAGAGGACCUAUCCAAUCAGAUAACUGACAAAUCUAUUUUAAUUUAAAAAAUAAUGUACAUAUUGUAAAAUUCUAUGUGUCAAAAUUAUGUUAACUUAUUUUUCCGAUGUUACUUUGGUUCCUUUCCUGACUGUGAUCUGGGUGACUAAAGUAUUAAGCUAUGGUCUUUGUUUCCAUCCUAAUUCAAUAUAGAUUUCUCUUGGGAUUUUUCCACGUUGGUGCUGGUUAAGUUGUUGAAAGUGUUGAAGUUGGAUGACAGUGAAUCCAGUUCAAACAUCCCACUGACCACGUAUCACAAACUGUUGGGGUUGUGGGAUGACUCAGAGCCAUGGUUCAACAAACUGGAGGUACUGAAGCCUCACUUUGACUUUCCACUUCAUUUGCUUUUUAUAGCAAGAAUAAUGAGUUUAUAAGCAAUCUGUCAUGCCACUCCCCUGAAACGCAAACACGUGCUUUGUCACUUUCAAACUUUUUGGUGUGAAACUGCUAAAGAAAACAUUUGUGUUGCUCAAAGCAUAUUUCUAAUUUGUUAUUGCUGUAGCUGUGUUGCCUCUUUAAAAGAUUGGUUGGAUGUUUUGUGGAAUAUGACUAUUUGCUUUCUUACCAGGAGCUCCUCAUCAAUGCACCUUUGGAAUAUAUCUGGCUGUAAUCAUGUUACCUUAGCAGAAACGGCAGAAACAGUCAAAUCUUUAUACCACAUUCAGAAUAAUAUUACAAUAUUACAAUAUUAUUUGUAAUAUUACAAUAUUACAAAUAAUUGGAAAGUCCUUUGCACAGUUGGAUUUAGAAUUUCAAACCCAUUUAAAGAUCAAAAGAUUGAAAAGAUCUCUUUGCCUUUUCCAAAAACGCUAUUAUUCACUAAAGUAGUUUUUUAUGAACUUGUGGAAAUUUGAUUUUUCUCAAUGAAGUAUAAUACCUUCCCUCACUUUUUUCACUAAAUUUUAAAAAAGAUCAAGGAUCUACUGAUUUAAUCGAGAUGGUUCUUAAAUGUCAAAGCUUGACAGAAUUGCAGUACAGUGUGACUUUUGCUCAAACACACCCCACGUAUAAAGGACAUAGAUAUUUCUAAUCAGUAUUUUUUGUAUCAUCAUUUAAAAAAAAAAAAAAAGUUUAUUUCACUGCCUGACAGAAACAUGCAUUUGUACAUGCAAUAAAGGCACAUACUUUGACAGUAGGUUCUCCCAAGCUGCAAGUCACCUUUGCAAAUUAAGUUUUUUUAAAUAUCUUUAGUCUGUGAGUGUAGUGACAGGGUCCCAUGAAGACCGAUCAGCAGAAAAGAUAGCAGAGACAAGACAAAACAGUACUGGCUAACCAAAACUACACUAACAUAAUGGUGUGUUCCAUUUCUACUUGAAAUCCUGGAACAACUUCAUUUAAAAAGAGUCUCCCCCUUGGAGGGGGAGCGCAUGGAAACUUGAAAUUUACCCACCAAGCUGACCUUCAAAAUCCACUAUGUCAGAAAUGAAAACUGCUUAGCCGCAGUGACAACCUGUGUUGUUGUUUUGUCUUUCUGAUGAAUUGUCUCACAUUGACUCAGAUGCCAGACACGGUGCUGUAAAACUGUUGCAGGUGAAUGCAUUGCUGCAGUUUUUGAAUGCAUUGAUAUCUUAAGAAAAACAUUGCUAUUGACUAGGCAUUAGUCGCUCUGAUUUUCUCACAGUACAAUUACCUUGAGUGCGUUAUUAUUAUUAAGGUUAAUAUGUUAUCUAUAGUAUUUAUUUGUUAUUUGAUUUAAUUUGAUACAAAGACACAUGGAGAGUGAAAGAACAUCAAUGGAUUUCUCUGUUUGAAAUUAGGGUCUGAAAUCCUAUAAGUUGCUAAUUGCUACUUGCUAAUCAGUUUAUUUUAGCUAGGCAUAUUUUGGAGAACCAAGGAAUUCUACUUAUAAUAGUCAGUGCCAUAUGGUUGUCUUAAAAGAUUUACAUUUUUUGUUUAUUUUUUUCUUACAGAAGGAGAGAUAAUCAAGGAACAUUUAGAAUAAGCACUAGUUAUGAUUAGUUGCUGUUUUCAAUUAAGAUUUUUAAUUUUUUUUGACACUGGUAUAGACUAACACUGGGAGUAUGACCAGCUCAUAAUUUAGCUCUUCUAACCUCUUAGUAUGCGACUGUACUUUCAAAAAAGUACCCAUUGCCCCAUCAACAGUAAUGAUAAUUUUAUUACCAUCUCUUGACUUUCAAAUCAGCAGACUCUUUCUUGUAAACGAGGAAUGUGUAGUAUUGACUGAUAAUGCUGAAACAGGUAAGAGAGGCCAUUUUGGUCAAUCUGGAACAUUAUUUAGCAUCUAAUCAAAAGAACUUUAAAGUGUAACUCACCCCGAUGUAAAGGCAUAACCCUGCCCCCAGACAAAUUUUGAAAAAUGUCACCAAAGUGGGGCAGUUCCAAGAAACGUAGCUUGGAACCGCCGUGUGUAGGAAUGAGCGGUUCAGCGGGGCUCAGGGCUGUGGUCAGAACAAGAGAAAGUAACAUGUUAAAGCAUGGAGGAACAAGUUUGACAUCUGGUGGUUUUGCCACGGAUCAGUCUUUUGUGGUGGAGGAUUUUUCACAUCCCUCGUCACCCGAGGUUGAUGGACGCUUGUGGAGCGCAGCGUAUUUGAGCCUUAUUAGUUCGAGCCGCUGGUUCAAGGCACUCACUCAGGGAUGCCAGAAGACGGUGCUGCCGAGGCAGUGGAGGACAGGAUGGGUCCAUGUGCAAGACUCCAGAACUAAGGCAGCCUACAACACUACACUUUCCCCUCAUCCUAAUAAACAACAGAAGAUGCUUUUAGACAUUAAAGCAGGCUUUCAACAUAUAUAUAGUAAUUUCUCAAAAUAAUGACCAGGACAUGUAGACAUCACGAUAAAAGACAUACAUGUUAACGAUGUAUUAGCAAAAAAAUGUUGAUUAGGGCAUCAGUUACCCUUUAAACUAAAAGGAUGCUUAGGUGAGAACUUUGUUUCUUAGCCGUAACGUUUUAAAACAUUGGUAAACCUUGUUAUCGGUAACCUGCUAAUGCCAAUCAUUUACUGGAACAACUAACAAUGGUCUUCCAACUUGCAACUGGAAUGGUAAGGUUGAGAGAGAUAUCAUUCCCAGACUUCUUAGAAUCUCCUAAAUAAUCCUUGUGUUGGAAAAGGAAUGGAAAAAAUGCUGAUUUUAUAUAAUGUUCAUUGCAAAGAAGCUUUUACUAGCAAACUCUAACCAGCAUCACUUUUGUGAAUUCCUUUUUUCCAUUAUUAAAAGUGUAGAAUGUUAUGUCAUUUCGGUGCUUCUAUGAUUCUUUUGAGACUUAGUUGGUUUUAUGAGUGAUAAGUCUGGUUGAAGGCUGGGUUGUAAGCAAUUAUCCAGUUUUUAGAUUUCCUGCUAAACUAAUCUCUCUCUGCUGCAAUCCACAUUUUGACCAGAUACAUGCAACUGUGCUAUUCCCUUCUUAUUUAAGUCAGCAAGAAAGCAAAUAUGCAUAUUACCUUGGAACUAAAAUUUCAAAUUAUACUGGUGGAUGCCAUUGUGAUCUUGUCAAAACAAAAAAGUACAAAAACUUAAAUCCUUUUUGAUACAGCCAUAUUUUCAUCAGUUUUCUGUGUAUAGGGAUGAAUUUAACACCUGCUAUAGCUGAUAUAGAAACAUCUGCUGUUACCUUGACAAACAAAUCACUAAAGGACAUUAUGGCAGAUCAGCAAAUUGUGAUUAAAGAAAAUUCUGAUAAUUACAGUCUUACCCAGUAACAUAAGAAGUGUUAUUCCUGAAAAAAGGAGCCUGGCAAAUGUCUACAGUAAAAUUUAAAUGAUUUAAUUUUGAAGGUUGAGGUUAUAACGAAACAUGUUAAGUUCAGAAUCUUAAUUCGUUUUUCACAUUCUGGAGAUUUCUACGUGAAUGACGAACCUCAGGCAACCGUUUUAUUUCGCGUCUGAAUAUAAAGCAGUUCUGUGUGGAUUUACACAUCUUUCUUUUUAUCUUGACAUGACUUCUCACAAUAUCACUGUGUUGUCUCUGUUUCCCUUGGGACUAUCUAAAGCAUUCAGUUACUUCAUGUGUUUUUAUAUAACAAGCGGGAUCAAAUCCAUUGAGUUACCCAAAGUAUUGAGUUUUUGUGUAUUCUCUUGUGGUAAAGCUAAACGCUUAAAGACAUUAUGACACAGACCGUGAGCAUUUGCAGGGUAUUGUAAUCCUUUCAUGGUGAGUUAAAUAUUGUUUAAGAAGUUUUUCUUUUUUUUCUUUUUUCUUGGAUGAACUAACUGAACACUUUUUGAAGCAAAGUUGGCUUAUUACCAUGUACACAUGUUACAGAAUAUAAAAUUGUGGUAUAACAACUGCAGUAUAUAAAAUACUGGUAUUCCAUGAUAGAUCUUUGUAUUAAUGUGACUCUCUUAAGAAAAUGUCUUCAAACAAUCAGACGAUCUCCUUUUCCAUUUUGUCCUGUCUUAUAAAGAUAUGUGAAUUUGAAAAAAUCUUGUCUUUCUCUAAAUCUCUGAGAGAGAUGAAUGGCAUGUGUUCUGUGUGUGUUUGUAUUUUUUGCUCUUUCAUACACUGCUGAACUGGUGGAAAAUGUAUUUUUUCUGUGGUCUGUAGGUAUUUUUUUCAGUUACAUAUUUUAUAUUUUUUGGGCUCUUCGCUUCAGCACUUUCGAUUUCAGAUAAAAUCAUGGAUUGUGAAAAAA